GUCAAAAACGCGCAAGCCAAUCACAGUGACCCACGAUUUGUGCCACGUUGUUUUAUAUACCUCCUCAAACGUUAGCGUGUCGCAGUCGCGUAUUCAUCUUUGCGAAGGGCUAUUGUGCAGUAACGGAGAAUAAACCAAGUAGAUAUCAGAAAGCACCACGAUGAAAAUAACGACGGAAAUAUUAUUAGUGGUUUUUGCCGUGGUCCUUCAAGUUAACUCAGAAGCCAAUAUAAAAACGGAAGAGGGCGUUUUAGUUUUGACCGGUGACAAUUUCAAGACUGCCAUUGCCGAUAAUGAGUUUAUACUCGUCGAAUUUUAUGCACCAUGGUGUGGUCAUUGUAAAGCAUUAGCUCCCGAAUAUGCAAAGGCUGCCCAACAAUUAGCUUCUGAAGAGUCAGCUAUUAAAUUAGGUAAAGUUGAUGCGACAGAAGAACAAGAUUUAGCCGAACAACAUGGUGUCAGGGGAUACCCAACACUUAAAUUUUUCAGGAAUGGAACACCAAUGGACUACAAUGGUGGACGUAGUGCUGAUGAAAUUGUGAAUUGGUUGAAGAAAAAGACUGGUCCACCAGCUAAAGAAUUAAAAACUGUCGCUGAAGCUAAAGAAUUCAUUGAAGCUACCAAUGUAGCUAUUAUUGGUUUCUUCAAAGACCAAACUAGCGAUGAAGCUAAAGCUUUCUUAUCAGUUGCUGCUGUAACUGAUGAUCAUCCAUUCGCCAUUACAUCAGAAGAUGAGGUUUAUAGCGAAUACGAAGCUAAAUGCGGAUCUAUUAUUCUUUUCAAGAAGUUUGAUGAAGGAAAAUCACUCUUUGAAGGUGAAUUGAACGAAAAGAACUUGAAGAAAUUCGUUGCCGCAAAUUCACUCCCACUUUUAGUCGAAUUCAAUCACGAAACCGCCCAAAAGAUCUUCGGUGGUGAAAUUAAGAGUCAUCUUCUUUUAUUCUUGGCUAAAGGUGAAGAUCAUUUUGAAAAGAUUUCUGAAGCCGCGAAGAGUGUUGCCAAACCAUUCAAAGAACAAGUUCUCUUCGUAACAAUUGAUGCAUCUGAAGAAGAUCACGGUAGAAUUUUGGAAUUCUUUGGUAUGAAGAAAGAUGAAGUCCCAGCCGCAAGAUUGAUCAAAUUAGAAGAUGAUAUGGCUAAAUUUAAACCGGAAACAAACGAAUUAACCGCCGAUUCGAUGAAACAAUUCGUUCAAGAUUAUUUGGACGGAAAAUUGAAACAACACUUAUUGAGUCAAGAUCUUCCUGAAGAUUGGGAUAAAUCCCCAGUAAAAGUUUUAGUUGCUAGCAAUUUCGAUGAAGUUGCUUUAGAUAAAACGAAGGACGUUCUUGUUGAAUUUUACGCCCCAUGGUGCGGACAUUGCAAACAAUUGGCUCCAAUUUACGACAAAGUCGGUGAACAUUUUGAAAACAACGAUGAUAUUGUUGUCGCUAAAAUGGACGCAACUGUUAACGAAUUAGAACAUACAAAAGUUUCGAGCUUCCCAACAAUCAAAUUGUACAAAAAGGGCGAAAAUUUGGCGAUUGAAUACAACGGCCCUAGAACCUUCGAAGGUUUAACCAAAUUCUUGGAAACGGGUGGUUUGGACGGUGCUGGAGCCGAUGAAACCGAAGAUGGUGAUGAAGAUGCGCCGAAAAAGGACGAACUUUAAAAAUAUUUUUAGGUACUUACUGUUGAUAAUUUCUCGGUUGUUCAUUGAAAAUCAUCACCCAUUUCUAUUUUUAUACUGUUGCUGUUUUUCGUUUUGAUUGAACUUAAGUGUAAAUUUAUUAAAAAUAACUCUUCCCAGAAUCGCUCGUGAAUUAGCCUCUUUUCUGAGAGGCGAUGACUGGAAAUUUUAGAAGCGCUCCGGUUACUCCAAUGAUGUUAUUCACGUAUUCUUCGUUUUUUGUGCGAUUAAUUUUCUAUUAACAUUCCUUUUUCUUAACAUUUAUCUUAACUUUCUGGUUUAAUGUACAAAUUUGAUCGCCAGUUUUGCAUUUUGUUUGUAACAUUUAUGCAAGAAGAAGAAAAAGGAUGAGCUGGUGCGUGUCGUUCAUGUGAGUUUUUUUUGUAAUUGCAAGCGUUAGAACGUAUUUUUUUUUAUUUUUACGAGAAAUGUGUACCAUUUGUGAACGCGAAAACAAAUUAUAAUAAAUUAUAAAACGACAUAAGUA